AUGGAGUAUUUGGAGAUUAAUGAAGCUCGUCGUUUGACUACCCAAGGAGAAUACCGAGACGCUUUCAACUCUUAUUUAACAGCAAUAGAAAAGCACCCAACCGUGAAAAUAUAUAAAGAAUACGAGUUCCGCGUGGUAUUGGCCAAAUUAAUGGAAGCGUUGUUCAAAAUGCCACGACACAGCUUCGAAAUGAUGUACUGCGUGCGUUAUGCCUUACGCGCUUUUCCCGGUAACAUCGUUCUACUGACUGACAUCGGUGACAUCUUUUACAGCUACGGUAUGCAUGCCGGGGCACUGAUUCACUACGAAAAAGCUUUAAACCUCGAUUCGAGCCUUGUAAAUGUUGAAAUCAAAAUGAAUGAGUCGAAGAAAAUGAUCUCUGACAAAGACAUGGACGGGGGCAUUGGUUUAUCGGCGCUGAUGGCCCGCGGGUGCAAGGCGCAGUCCACUGUGAGCUUUAACUCAUCGCCUGCUCUCACCCAGCUCGUGCAAAGCAUUGUGCUAGAGCGACAAGACAACUCGAUCACUCUCGUAGAUCAUCCUAUAAGGGAUUUUGUUCCGUCGGCAUUAUUGAGUGCUUGGGAACGUCUGCUAGCUCGGGAUGCGCGGGCGCUGCCGUAUAAGGGAGAAUAUUAUGUUGCAGGAGCGAAAUGCAAACGUAUUGCUAAUAAAUAUCGACUGCAUGAAACAGUGAAGAAAAUUUUGAACAUUCCUAACUCAAAAGUGCUCUGUAUGUUACCUGAACAAAAAACAUUCUACAAAGAAGAUUUGAAUAUGUACGACGAUAUCAAAAUCAUGACGGAUGAACACUUAGUUUUCGAUAUCAAUUUUGAUCGAUAUGACGAUGUGGUAGCAAAAAAUCGUAAAUCAUAUUACGAUAUUAACCUAAUAGCAAAAGAGGACGGUGAAAUUGAUGUGACAGUGGGCUGGUUUAAACUUUACUUAACAAAAUACAUAGAACUAACGAAUGACCCGCGUACCGCUACUGUACCGUGCGAAAGCCGCACAAAGGGGUGGUCGCAAGCUGUAUUUCCGGAUUUUGUACCGACAAAAGUAAACAUCAAUCAGAGCACACCAAUUAAAUUUGUGUUGAAAGAGGGAAAAAUAGCUUUCCAAACAGAAUUCAGCAAACAGAGAAUCUCAAUUUCCCCGAUUAGAUUUCUAAACGACACAGUUUUCAUGAACGCAAUAAUUCGUUGUGUUCCGGCAGCUUGUGCUUAUCUGCAGCAGAUAGUAGAUAUAACCGACACAGAUAUAAUUGACUUUAGUCCAUUCCCGAUGUUCGGGCUUCAAAUGAUGCUUCGAGGUGCAAGAUCUUUGCUCUGCCACGCGUGGAGUUUGGAAGACCAAAACUUUAUACAGUCCGUCUUCAAGGCGAACGACGUACCACUGGAUAAAAUUACAGUCCUUUGUGGCGAUUGUUGGCAACAAGAAUUCUAUAAAGAUCAGGUGUAUCAUGUUAUAUUUUCUACGGAGUUGCUUGUGCGCGGAGAUAUCGAUGCUCAUAUGUGGCAGACUAUACAGAAUUUACGAAUCAGUCGCUUGGCUCCGGGCGGUCUCUUACUGCCCACGGGUAUCACUGUGAUACUUCAACUAGCGACGAGUGAUUGGUUAGAUAUAAAUAACAAGUUACUAGAUGACAAUAUCGGCUUCAAAAUGGCGUCGCACGUUAACAAGUACCGGAAAACUCAAGCGCUCGAACUGGACUUGUCUGUGAUAAAGUAUGAAGAGCUAUCAAAUCCUGUUCUGCUAUCGGACUAUUGCAAUUCAAAUCGGUCCCAUAUAGUGUCAGUGACGCCACUGAAUGACGCGGAGUGUAGUGCAAUAUUGUGUUGGUACAAACUUAAAUUAUUUGAACACGAUGCUGAAAUUAGUACCAAGAGAGAAGGAUGCUUUAUAGACACUUUCGCUCAUCUAUUGAAUCCACCUGUACCGAUUUUCAAAGGUGAUGACUUGAAUUUGAUAGUAGUGACAGAAUCAAAUGGAUGUAGCAAGUGCUAUUUACAUAAUAAUUUCCAAAUGGAGUAUUUGGAGAUUAAUGAAGCUCGUCGUUUGACUGCCCAAGGAGAAUACCGGGACGCUUUCAAGUCUUAUUUAACGGCAAUAGAAAAGCACCCAACCGUGAAAAUAUAUAAAGAAUACGAGUUCCGCGUGGUGUUGGCCAAAUUAAUGGAAGCGUUGUUCAAAAUGCCACGACACAGCUUCGAAAUGAUGUACUGCGUGCGUUAUGCCUUACGCGCUUUUCCCGAUAACAUCGUUCUAAUGACUGACAUCGGUGACAUCUUUUACAGCUACGGUAUGCAUGCCGAGGACCUGAUUCACUACGAAAAAGCUUUAAACCUCGAUUCGAGCCUUGUAAAUGUUGAAAUCAAAAUGAACGAGUCGAAGAAAAUGAUCUUUGACAGAGGUCUGUUCAGAUUAUAUAACGAUAAAACACGAAACGCCGCGUAUGGAUCCGCCAUGUACAUGGAGAUAAAACCUCAAUACGACCGAAUAUUAGACAUGGACGGGGGCAUUGGUUUAUCGGCGCUGAUAGCCCGCGGGUGCAAGGCGCAGUCCACUAGUGCUUGGGAACGUCUGCUAGCUCGAGAUGCGCGGGCGCUGCCGCAUAAGGGAGAAUAUUAUGUUGCAGGAGCGGAAUGCAAACGUAUUGCUAAUAAAUAUCGACUGCAUGAAACAGUGAAGAAAAUUUUGAACAUUCCAAACUCAAAAGUGCUCUGUAUGUUACCUGAACAAAAAACAUUCUACAAAGAAGAUUUGAAUAUGUACGACGAUAUCAAAAUCAUGACGGAUGAACACUUAGUUUUCGAUAUCAAUUUUGAUCGAUAUGACCAUGUGGUAGCAAAAAAUCGUAAAUCAUAUUACGAUAUUAACCUAAUAGCAAAAGAGGACGGUGAAAUUGAUGUGACAGUGGGCUGGUUUAAACUUUACUUAACAAAAUACAUAGAACUAACGAAUGACCCGCGUACCGCUACUGUACCGUGUGAAAGCCGCACAAAGGGGUGGUCGCAAGCUGUAUUUCCGGAUUUUGUACCGACAAAAGUAAACAUCAAUCAGAGCACACCAAUUAAAUUUGUGUUGAAAGAGGGAAAAAUAGCUUUCCAAACAGAAUUCAGCAAACAGAGAAUCUCAAUUUCCCCGAUUAGAUUUCUAAACGACACAGUUUUCAUGAACGCAAUAAUUCGUUGUGUUCCGGCAGCUUGUGCUUAUCUGCAGCAGAUAGUAGAUAUAACCGACACAGAUAUAAUUGACUUUAGUCCAUUCCCGAUGUUCGGGCUUCAAAUGAUGCUUCGAGGUGCAAGAUCUUUGCUCUGCCACGCGUGGAGUUUGGAAGACCAAAACUUUAUACAGUCCGUCUUCAAGGCGAACGACGUACCACUGGAUAAAAUUACAGUCCUUUGUGGCGAUUGUUGGCAACAAGAAUUCUAUAAAGAUCAGGUGUAUCAUGUUAUAUUUUCUACGGAGUUGCUUGUGCGUGGAGAUAUCGAUGCUCAUAUGUGGCAGACUAUACAGAAUUUACGAAUCAGUCGUUUGGCUCCGGGCGGUCUCUUACUGCCCACGGGUAUCACUGUGAUACUUCAACUAGCGACGAGUGAUUGGUUAGAUAUAAAUAACAAGUUACUAGAUGACAAUAUCGGCUUCAAAAUGGCGUCGCACGUUAACAAGUACCGGAAAACUCAAGCGCUCGAACUGGACUUGUCUGUGAUAAAGUAUGAAGAGCUAUCAAAUCCUGUUCUGCUAUCGGACUAUUGCAAUUCAAAUCGGUCCCAUAUAGUGUCAGUGACGCCACUGAAUGACGCGGAGUGUAGUGCAAUAUUGUGUUGGUACAAACUUAAAUUAUUUGAACACGAUGCUGAAAUUAGUACCAAGAGAGAAGGAUGCUUUAUAGACACUUUCGCUCAUCUAUUGAAUCCACCUGUACCGAUUUUCAAAGGUGAUGACUUGAAUUUGAUAGUAGUGACAGAAUCAAAUGGAUGUAGCAAGUGCUAUUUACAUAAUAAUUUCCAAAUGGAGUAUUUGGAGAUUAAUGAAGCUCGUCGUUUGACUGCCCAAGGAGAAUACCGGGACGCUUUCAAGUCUUAUUUAACGGCAAUAGAAAAGCACCCAACCGUGAAAAUAUAUAAAGAAUACGAGUUCCGCGUGGUGUUGGCCAAAUUAAUGGAAGCGUUGUUCAAAAUGCCACGACACAGCUUCGAAAUGAUGUACUGCGUGCGUUAUGCCUUACGCGCUUUUCCCGAUAACAUCGUUCUAAUGACUGACAUCGGUGACAUCUUUUACAGCUACGGUAUGCAUGCCGAGGACCUGAUUCACUACGAAAAAGCUUUAAACCUCGAUUCGAGCCUUGUAAAUGUUGAAAUCAAAAUGAACGAGUCGAAGAAAAUGAUCUUUGACAGAGGUCUGUUCAGAUUAUAUAACGAUAAAACACGAAACGCCGCGUAUGGAUCCGCCAUGUACAUGGAGAUAAAACCUCAAUACGACCGAAUAUUAGACAUGGACGGGGGCAUUGGUUUAUCGGCGCUGAUAGCCCGCGGGUGCAAGGCGCAGUCCACUAGUGCUUGGGAACGUCUGCUAGCUCGAGAUGCGCGGGCGCUGCCGUAUAAGGGAGAAUAUUAUGUUGCAGGAGCGGAAUGCAAACGUAUUGCUAAUAAAUAUCGACUGCAUGAAACAGUGAAGAAAAUUUUGAACAUUCCAAACUCAAAAGUGCUCUGUAUGUUACCUGAACAAAAAACAUUCUACAAAGAAGAUUUGAAUAUGUACGACGAUAUCAAAAUCAUGACGGAUGAACACUUAGUUUUCGAUAUCAAUUUUGAUCGAUAUGACCAUGUGGUAGCAAAAAAUCGUAAAUCAUAUUACGAUAUUAACCUAAUAGCAAAAGAGGACGGUGAAAUUGAUGUGACAGUGGGCUGGUUUAAACUUUACUUAACAAAAUACAUAGAACUAACGAAUGACCCGCGUACCGCUACUGUACCGUGUGAAAGCCGCACAAAGGGGUGGUCGCAAGCUGUAUUUCCGGAUUUUGUACCGACAAAAGUAAACAUCAAUCAGAGCACACCAAUUAAAUUUGUGUUGAAAGAGGGAAAAAUAGCUUUCCAAACAGAAUUCAGCAAACAGAGAAUCUCAAUUUCCCCGAUUAGAUUUCUAAACGACACAGUUUUCAUGAACGCAAUAAUUCGUUGUGUUCCGGCAGCUUGUGCUUAUCUGCAGCAGAUAGUAGAUAUGACCGACACAGAUAUAAUUGACUUUAGUCCAUUCCCGAUGUUCGGGCUUCAAAUGAUGCUUCGAGCUUGUGCUUAUCUGCAGCAUAUAGUAGAUAUGACCGACACAGAUAUAAUUGACUUUAGUCCAUUCCCGAUGUUCGGGCUUCAAAUGAUGCUUCGAGGUGCAAGAUCUUUGCUCUGCGACGCGUGGAGUUUGGAAGACCAAAACUUUAUACAGUCCGCCUUCAAGGCGAACGACAUACCACUGGAUAAAAUUACAUUGCUUCUGCGCGAAGAUAUCGACGCUUAUAUGUGGCAGACUAUACAGAAUUUACGAAUCAGUCACUUGGCUCCGGGCGGUCUCUUACUGCCCACGAGUAUCACUGUGACACUUCAACUAGCGACGAGUGAUUGGUUAGAUAUAAAUAACAAGUUACUAGAUGACAAUAUUGGCUUCAAAAUGGCGUCGCACGUUAACAAGUACCAGACAACUCAAGCGCUCGAACUGGACUUGUCUGUGAUAAAGUAUGAAGAGUUGUCAAAUCCUGUUCUGCUAUCGGACUAUUGCAAUUUAAAUCGGUCCCAUAUAGUGUCAGUGACGCCACUGAAAGACGCGGAGUGUAGUGCAAUAUUGUGUUGGUACAAACUUAAAUUAUUUGAACACGAUGCUGAAAUUAGUACCAAGAGAGAAGGAUGCUUUAUAGACAGUUUCGCUCAUCUAUUGAAUCCACCUGUACCGAUCUUCAAAGGUGAUGACUUGAAUUUGAUAGUAGUGACAGAAUGA